UUAAACAAACUGCAAAGCUUCAAAGUAAAAUUUUCAUCAACAAAAAAUGCAAGAAACGCUAAAAUGGCUUCCCGUAACUUAGCCAGAAUGCUUACAUCCUUUGCGCAAGGUCCUAACCAAGUCUCUGUGCCAGCAUCGUCGUGCUUAGCAAGAUCAUGGUGUUCAGUUGAAGAGCUGAAUGUAGACCAGCAGAGGCGCUGGUCUUCAGGCCAUCAGGGGCAAGGAGGGGGCAAGGGAAGCUCGGGAGGCACCAUCAGGGAAGGCGGCGGCAGCCUAGGCCAGUUCGGGGCGGCUCAAGAAGAGGGCUACUUCCACAACAAGAAACAGGAACAACUCAAGAAAAUGAAAGACAAGCAGAAUAAGCAAAAACUGAAGAAAGAAGCGAAGAAAAAUACUCAAAACAAUCAGAACGAGGAAAAGCCUUAAUUUAGAAUUUUUUGGGAUCUUGAAAAUAUGAAUACAGAUCAUUUGGUGCCUUUA